AAGUUUUCCUGUGGUUCUAAUGGUUAUCAGGAGUUACGAAAGCAAAAUAUGCCUUUACCGUGCGAACGUACACUCCGAAGAAAAUUAGAACAUAUUCAAUUUGAAGAAGGAAUUUGUGACGAUAUCUUUAAGUUGUUAGAAGACAAGAUAUCUCAGUUUCAAGAUGUUAGAGAAAGAGAUUGCAUUCUUGUAUUAGACGAAAUGUCUAUUGCACCAGGUGAAAGUGUUGAAGCUACGCAUGGUUUGAUUAUUGUGCUUGCUGGAAUAUUUUCACGUUGGAAACAAAAUAUUGCUUUAUAUUUUACACCUGAAAGUUAUGAUGGAGCAUUGCUACACCCUAUCGUGCUUGAAAUUAAUCAAAAAGCUGAAUCCAUCGGACUUUAUGUACAUAGCGUUGUGGUCCCAAACGAUAUGGGACCAAAUAAUUUAGCGAUGUGGCGUACAUUCCGUGUUGGUUUUGCCGGACGCCAUUUACUAAUAACGAACUCAAUUAUCCAUCGUGUAGAUAAUAAUCGGAAGCUUUGGUUUAUCGCUGAUACUGGCCAUCUGUUAAAGAAUUUAAAAUACUGCUUGCUUAAUAACAAAACCAUUACCUUGCCUGAGAAAUUCACGAAUGCUAAUAAUCUUUCGUCUUCUGUGGUUUAUUGUUCGCAUUUAGAAGAACUGGCUGAACUUCAAGAAAAUUUACAACUAAAAUUAACUUCGAAAAUAAAAGUAGAUUAUUUUUCAAGUAGUACUUUUCAGAAAAUGAAAGUCAAUAAAGCUAAGAAUUUUUUUUCUCGCGAUGUUAGUGGCAGUCUAAAAUUUAUAACGACGCAAGAUCCUAAAAAAGAGUAUCAGACGACAGCCUUGUUCAUUGAAAUCAUUUCAAAAUGGUUUACGGUGAUGACUUCACAUACUCCAAACCUCGCAUUGAGAAAACUUCCACGUGAUGAAGUAUCUAAAAAUAAAUUUGAACAAACAAUAGCAUUUUUAGAAUCUAUUAUAGACAUUUUCCAAGAAAUGUUAGUUGGAAACGGUACGCAAUUUAAUCCUGCAACGUGGAGUCAUUAUUACCACCAAGUCAGUCAUUGAAUUAUCGACGUAUUUAAUUAGUGAAAAAGGCUAUGAAUAUGUCUUGGGUGGCCGAUUAACGUCAGACUGUGUUGAAAAUAUUUUCUCUUGCGUUAGAGCUAAACAACCUAGCCCAAAUGCAUUACAAUUUAAACAAAAUUUGAAGAUUAUUGCAAUUUCAACAUAUUUAAAGCCAGUAGGUAACUCCAGCUAUGAAGAGGAUGAUAGGAUUAUUGCUGGUGAUUUUUUAAGUAAGCCCAAAACAAAAGAAAUUAAAAGAAAGCUGCCACUUGCCUCUGACAACUUGUCCACAAAGGUGAUAAACUUAGGAAACAUUGAAAUGAAUGUAUUAUACAACAUCGCCGGAUGUAUUCUUUCCCGUAUUUCCAAAUAUAAUGUUACAUGUCAAUCAUGUUUAAAGUCCGCUGGAUCUCCCACAUAUAAACCGAUCUCAAAUUUUGCAAUAUUUGUACAAUUAAAAUGUUUUAAACGUAAUACGUUAUUUUUUGUCAAUAGCGGAACAUUUUAUUACUUUCACCAGAUGGAAAUUGUCUUUAGGCAAUAUCUUCCAUAUUUUAUAAAUAAUUUUGAUGCAACAAGUUUUGAUUUAGUAAAUUUUUUUAAGGAAAAACUGCAGUGCAUUCAAUGUGAUGUUUUGAAAAACUGUCACAAUA